AUGGAGAACGAGAACGGCACCGUGGGGAGUCCGACGGCGUCGGUUGCCGCCCUUUCGAAGGGGAAAGGUUUGGCGUCUCCGCUGCUCGCCGGCUCUCUGGAUGGCGCCCAGGCCUCCGCGCAUGCAAAGGAGACCGGGUGCGCGCACCUGGGCGCUCAGGGUCCGAAGGCGGCGAGUCCAGCGCCCGCGAAGGCCGGAGACAGAGGCGUCUCGCAGGGCCUUCCGGGCGGCCUCCCGGUCGCGGCGACGAAUAACCUCGCGCCGCUCUCUCAGCCGCUGCCGCACAACGCGCCGCCUGUGGAGAUCAAGUUGUUUGUCGGGCGAGUGCCGCACACGGUCGACGAAGAGGCGCUCCGGCCUAUCUUCGAGAGCUUUGGAGAAGUCCGGGAGGUCUUCGUCAUUCGCGAUAAAAGCACCCUCAAACACAGAAACAGCGCAUUCGUCAAAAUGGCGUCGUUGGCGGCCGCGGACGCAUGCAUUCGCGCGCUCCACAGCAACAGAGUCCUCGACGCGGCGCUGGGCCCAAUCAUUGUGAAGUACGCGACCGGCGAGGCGGAGCGUCUGGGCAUGCACAGCCUAGGAAUGGGCGGAGAGGGGGGCGGCGUGGACCAGGCGAAGCUGUUUGUCGGGAGCAUUCCGCGCACGAUGAGUGAGGACGAGUUGCGGCUCUUCUUUCAAACGUACGGCACCGUCGAGGAGGUCUUUGUGAUGAAGGACAGCGCGACGGGGACUGGCAAGGGCUGUGCCUUCGUCAAAUUCAAGUACAAGGAAGAGGGUCUCCACGCCAUGCGGAACUUGAACGGAAAACACGUUUUCGACGAAUGCACGCGCCCCGUCGAAGUUCGCUUCGCCGAGAGCAAGUCCCAGCGUCAGCAGCAAAUGGCUGGCGGCCAACACAACUUUGGAGGGCUCGGGACUUGGGCGGGGGGCGUGGUGGCGCAGGGUCUCUCUGGAAUGGGUCGGAACGCGUCGGCUCUGGGGAGCAACUCGAAUCCCCGACAAGCGGGUCAGUGGAAAGAGUACUUCGCUCCCGACGGCCGUCCGUACUACCACAACGAGUACACGAACGUGACGACAUGGGAGAGGCCUCCGGAGUUCGAUCACUUGCCGCCGCUCGCGAGCCUGGGCUUGGGGCAGGCCGCGAUGUUCUCGGGGGUGGGGCUCCACGGGUCGCUCGGCAGCGGAGGCGGUGGCGGGUCGGAGACGGCGGGGCCGCCAGGCGCGAACGUGUUUGUAUUUCACAUUCCGAAUGAGUGGACCAAGGCGGACUUGGUGCAGACCUUUUCUGGCUUCGGAAACAUCGUCUCGUGCCAUAUCGCGGUCGACAAGGCGAGUCACCGAAACCGCGGAUUCGCGUUCGUCAGCUACGACAACAUCCAAAGCGCGGCGAACGCAGUGAAUCACAUGAACGGCUGUCUCGUCGCGAACAAGCGCCUGAAUGUGUCGAUCAAAAAAGGCGAGGAACACCAUGUCCAACAUCUCCUGAACGUCCACGCGGCCAGCCACGGCCCGGCGGCCCAGGGCGGCGCCGGCCCCUUGGGCGCGGGCGCGCAGAAGAGCCACCAGAGCGUCUCGGGCGCAGGUCACAUGCAUGCGCAUGGCGCAGGUCCUCAGCAGAGCGUGAGCCCAGGCCUUUCUUCCGGGAUGGUUGGGCUCGGCAGUCCCCUCCAGCAGGGCGCCGCGGUCGCGGCCCAGGGCGCGGUCGCGGGCCAGGGAGCCCAGAGCGCCGGCAGUGUGCACGGGCACCACGCGUCGCUCUCGCACCUGCAACUCGCAGGCGUCGGUUCCCCGGCGAGCAGCGGGAUGGUCGGCAACACUCAGAUCGGCGCGGGCCAGGCGUUCUCGGGUCCUGGAGCCCAGCAACAGGCUUGGGCCGGCGCCGCCCCCGGCAGCGGCUACCAGCAGGCCGCGUACGGGGGUGCGGGACAGAGAUUCAAUGCGUACUAG